AAAAAAACAAGUCACUAGUUAGCACGUCAUGUCUGGAAAAAGCUAACGUUCGAGUAUUUAGUUCUAUUUUUACAUUUCUCUAGUUUUGUUGGAAUUGAAAUUAGAUUUAUCAAGAUGAUUGUUACAGUUAAGCCGCUCCAAGGGAAAGAAUGUAACGUACAGGUCACAGAAAAUGAGAAGGUUUCAACACUAAAAGAAUUGGUGUUUGAGCGUCUGCACAUACCACCCAAUCAGCAAAGACUGCUCUACAAAGGAAAAGCCCUGGCAGAUGAACACAGACUGAGUGAUUAUUCUAUCGGCCCAGAGGCCAAGCUGAACCUCGUGGUGCGGCCUGCGGGAGAAAGAACCAGUGGCAUGACUGUCAACAGUAGCACCAGUACCGGCAGUGUAAACAGCAGCAAUGGAAGCUGUGAAAAAGCAGUAUGGCAGUUACUCUCCACAGUCCUGGCUAAACACUUUAGUCUUGCAGAUGCAACCAAAGUACAGGAACAGCUUAUUAAGGAUUACGACAGCUCUUUUAGACAGCUUAGUUUAGAUGAUAUUGAGCGCCUGGCUGGACGUCUGCUGCACCCCGAGACAGAAGGAAUAGACGUCUCAUACAUGGACUGAGAGGAGCUAAAUACAAGAACACAUUUUACUGCUUGGAGACAGAAACACACCCAGCCUGCUGAUUGGGUUGAACAUGGGAAUGAGGACUGAAUUUAUGUGAUUUAGUGAGAAACAGCAUCAUAUGACCAUGUUUGAUAAAGACUUAGUGAAACUGUACACGGAUAUUUCUCAUCAGUCUGUCAAUCUGGAAACAUGUUAUGUAGUAUGAUGGGGAUGUUGGGUAUUUAACUCUUAAUGCUGUUUGCGGAGAGCUUUUUAAUCAUAAUUUAUAAAGAACUUGCUUUGGAGAACCUGCGUUUUGCAAAAGUGGAUUGCUUUGAGCAGUGCAGGACAUAAGCAUGCUACAAUUCCAUGUUUACAGCUGUGUAUAAGUUGGGUAUUAAGUGCAAAUGAGCAGUAUCAUUUAAUGUUCAUAAGCACUGGAUGUAAUACACACCUGUAUGGAAGGAUAGUAAGAAUUCGACAAUAAACAGCCCACAUUAGGAGCUGACUUAAACAGACUGGUAAAUAAUUCCAUGAUGAUUAUCACAGCUAAAGCUCAUCUUUAAUUACACUACAGUUAGCAUUCCCGAGUUGACCUUUCAUGGGCAGCUGAACCUUGUCACACUGAAUGAUGUCAAUAAAAGCCAAAUUUCAUGGCAUACUGUAAGGUAUCCUAGGUAUUCCAUGUCAGUUUAUCCAGCUACACAAUGUAACACGAAGAAAAUGACAUUCUGCUUGCACCAGUGCAUUCUGAAAAUAAAGUUGUGUAAUCAAUAGUAAAGUUUACUAGUAAAAAGUCAUUAAAACUGUGGUAUGGUCCAUAUGGAAUACCAGUCCUCCAAAUUGAGCUUGAGGUAAUAUUUCUGUGGCAAUUCAGUUUACUGUAGGUAACCAGCAAGAAGUGUCAGGUUGACAUUUAUCGGCUUCAUAUUACUUAAUUUAGGUGUCUAAGUCGGUGCCUUUUUGUCAGAGGUAAACGUGCAUCAUUCUAUGCCAGCUUUCUUUAGAUAACUUUCACACAUGCAUCACAGGAGUGGGCACACUGCUGGACUUAACAUGCCACAAUGCGCAGUGAAAGAUACAUCAGUCUAGCAUCUGCGCUCUUUCACUACAAAUCCCUACUGGAACAUGUGCAGAAUGUGACUGGGUAUUGACACACACUCUUGCUUUUAAAGAAGCAAUAGAUACAAAGGAACCCUUAAUCGUAAUACAAUAAUAGAUUUUUUUUUUUUACUGUUGUGCAUAUUAGUUAUGCUUAUGCAUAGUACUUUCCAAAAUACAUUUAAAUCUUCUCAUAUCCCACAUUUGAAUUUGUAAUGUCUCAAUAUAAAUAACAGAGGUUGACUUUGCUCUGGAAAUAUUUAACACCACUUUGUCCAGUGUAAAACUGGCAUAUUUAAAUUAAAAGCAGUGGUUGAACUGGA